AUGAAUAUUUUGGUGUAUAUCCAGCAUCCCGAUAUCAUGACGGAACACAGGCUGGAAUAUUCCAUGGUCCCAGUGAACAGUUGGACUAGUGAUCUAUUACUUCAGAAAACCCCGGCAGUUAAUGCAGUAGCUGAACGCAAUGGGACAGAAUUACCCGACCAACGUGCAGCUUUGGCUCUGGCGCAAGGUUGA